AGUGUGUCGGAAUGCCCUAAAACCAGAGCCACAGAGCGCCAACAUCUUUGUUUUCAAAUUGCAAAAAAUGGCGCUUCACUUGUAUAUCCUUCUUUGCUCCCCUCCCUCUUCACUUCCUACAAAGCCACUCGCUCCAACUCGUCUGUCCUUCAUCGUUCUUCUCCCUCGAUCCAUUCUAACCCAGUAAAAGUGAGAAGAGAGAGAAGGUUUAGUUUUCCAUGGCUGACCAGGAGAAUGUGCGCAUCACUCGGGCUGCCAAGAGGAGGGCGGCGGUGAACACGGAGGAGCUGCCGGUGUCCAAGAAGCGGGUGGUGUUGGGGGAGUUGUCGAACGUGUUGAACGUCGUCGUUUCGGUGAAUCCCAGUUUGGGAAAUGAGCCGCAGAAGAGGAAAUCUAGGGCAAAAGCCAAGGCAAAGAAGGCUUUGGUGAGUACGAAGGUGAAGUCAACGACGGAGGAUGUUGGUGAGAAGCCUGAUAUCGAUGUCGGGUCUGAUGAUCCUAAGAUGUGCGGGCCUUAUGCGACGGACAUAUGUGACUAUCUGCAUAAGAUGGAGGUGGAAUCAAAGAGAAGACCAUUACCUGAUUACAUUGAGAAAGUGCAAAAGGAUGUCACUCCCAAUAUGAGAGGGAUUCUGGUGGAUUGGUUAGUUGAUGUUGCAGAGGAAUACAAGCUUCUCUCUGAUACUCUGUAUCUUGCCAUUACUUAUAUUGAUAGAUUCCUAUCCUCAAAUGUCCUCAACAGGCAGAAGCUUCAGUUGUUGGGCGUGUCUUCAAUGCUCAUUGCCUCAAAAUAUGAAGAAAUCAGCCCUAAAAGUGUGGAAGAGUUUUGCUACAUUACAGAUAAUACUUACACCAAGGAUGAGGUGGUGAAGAUGGAGGCUUGUAUACUUAAGUCCUUGAAGUUUGAAUUGGGGAAUACUACUAUAAAGACAUUUCUAAGGAGAUUCAUCAGGAUUGCACAAGAGGAUGACAAAAAUUUAAACUUGCAACUUGAGUUCCUGAGCUACUACCUUGCCGAGUUAAGCUUGCUGGACUACGAAUGCAUAAAAUUUUUACCUUCUUUAGUGGCUGCCUCGGUUAUUUUUCUAGCCAGAUUUAUGAUGCAACCUAAAUUGUAUCCUUGGAACUUGAUGCUGCAAAAAUUCUUGGGUUAUAGGACAGGUGAUAUGAAGGAUUGUGUCCUCAUAAUACACAAUUUGUACCUGAGCAGACGUGGAGGGGGAUUACGAGUUGUGAGAGAAAAGUACAAGCAACAUAAGUUCAAAUGCGUGGCAACCAUUCCUUCUCCUCCAGAAAUACCAGCUUCCUUUUUGGAAGAUUUGAAGGAAUGAGAGUUUUGGUAGACUUGUGAGCUAGUCUUAUUCCAAACAAAUGGUAUUUCUCCUUGUUUAAGGGCUUGAAUUUGAAGCAUUCUAACUUCCAGAACUUGGUGUUUAGCUGGACCUGUAGACCUUGAUAGUGUGGAGCUUCUCUUCUUAAUUCAAGUGAUCUGAUGCUGUUCUACAGUGAACACUUUACCCCUAAAACACAGCUUUUAACCGUGACAUAAAUGAUUCUUUUCAUAGGUGGAACAUUUGUAAUUUCGAAUAAUGCUUGAGACUCCCAAAAAGUGAUCCCAAAAGACCCUCAUUUAAUGUGGAAUGUUAGAUGUGAAGUGGGUUUUAUAUGUGUGUUUUUAAUCAAUGGUUAUUUUAAUGCCACAUAGAUUUGUAGGACUUUUGGCGAUGAUAUUUUGAGGGUCUCUAGCAUUGUCUUGUAAUUUCUUGGGAGGAAGUUUGACAGUUUGUAGAUUUUGUUUAUUGAUAAGUUUUGUAAGUUGCGUCUUAUUUGGAAGGGAUCCUCAUUUGGCUUCAUGAAUUGGAAUGAUAUAAACCCUGAUACGCAAUUCAAUAUAUUUCUAGAAAAAAAAAGUUGUUUCUAUGAAUUUACAAACAUUUGUGCUAAUUUCAUGGAUGAAAUCCAAUUUGUGUUGAGGUCCGGACGUGUUGUUGUCCGAUCCAAAAAUGACAUGAGACCAAUUUUUUACCAUCGGUGUGAGAUGCAAAAUUUCUCCGACUUAUGCAGACAAAUAUGAGCAAAUCUUGCAUUGCAUGGGCCUAAAAUUCGCAAUCCUUGAGGAAAAACAGCUCUUUCCAACUGUCCACUUAACUUGGCUUGCACAUCUAAAAAAUAUUCUAAGCCCUCAUCGACCGUCCAAAAACAAAAAUAUGUGAAUCGAC